AUGGCCAAGAAGGCAGAGAGUGACGCAGCAACGAUGGAGCCAACCACCGGAAAAGCCACGGUGGCGGAGGAAGCACCUGGUGCUGGUGCUGGAGACUCCAUGGUAGCCGAGGUGAUGGCCUUAAAGGUGAAGGUGGUUGAAGGCAUUUAUAACAUAACAAAAACUAGAAGGAGAAAAGAGAGUUUCAAGAUCUGCCAUUAA